UUCAUGUAAUUAUGAGAAAUUUAUAAUUUUUAUAAUUUUUUACGAAUUUUUAGUUUCCAUAAUCAAUAAAAUAUUGUGUACAGCUUCAAAAAACAUUAAAGCAUUAUACACUUACACAUUCAAUGAAAAAAAAAUGUCGAAAAACAAGAUUGUUAUGAAACCUUUGGUUGACAGCAGCAAAAUAGAAGUAAAAAGUAAAUUUGAUGCCGAAUUUCGGAGAUUUUGCGUGGAAAGAAAUUCUCAACCAAAAUUUGAAGAUUUUCGAGGUCUAAUUGAAAGUUUACAUAAUCUGAAAGACAUUUCUUUCUUAGUUUCCUAUAUUGACCCUAGCGAUCAGGAUUUAUUGCCUAUAAACAACGACGAUAAUUUGAGAAGGGCACUAAUUAACGCAAAACCAUUAUUAAGGAUCAUUAUUCAAAGAAAAGGUAAUAGUUUAGAAGAAAUCAAUGGCUAUGGCACGUUAAAACCCAGAAAUUUAAUAUCUACUAUCCUGGGAGGAACACCUGCUAAAACCAAAAUAUUACCCAUAUCGAAUCCACACGACUUUCGACAAGUAUCGGCCAUUAUAGAUGUAGAUAUUGUCCCCGAAACUUGUAGAAGAGUCCGGUUAUUGAAGCAUGGUUCCGACAAACCUUUGGGAUUUUAUAUCCGUGACGGGACCAGUGUAAAAGUCACUCAAAACGGAUUAGAGAAAAUACCAGGAAUAUUCAUUUCCCGACUAGUUCCCGGGGGAUUAGCCGAAUCCACCGGAUUAUUAGCUGUCAACGACGAGGUGUUGGAAGUCAACGGUAUCGAAGUAUCUGGGAAGACUUUGGAUCAAGUCACGGACAUGAUGGUAGCCAAUAGUUCGAACCUGAUAAUAACGGUCAAACCGGCGAACCAGAGAACGGUGGGUCCCGUCAGAAGGGGCAGUUUUAGUAGAAACUCCCAGUUAUCCAGCGGAUCACAUCAGUCUAAUACGACGGCCGGCUCCGAUCCUGAAGAUAAAUAUGACCAAGACGAGAUAGUGGAUCUAACUGGGGGCGCCUUCGACGAGUCCCUUACAAAGGACGAUGGAAUUUUACAUUUAUAAAAUACAGGUGCGUGUCUUUAUAGUUACAUUUAUAUACACACUACAUGUGUAUGCAUAUAUACAUGUAUUCCAAUUAUAAAAUUUAUACAGGGUCGGGCUGCGAGUCACCAUUGUUUUUUUAAUAAUUGGCAAGCGGAUGGUCUUUUAUAUUUUUCUUUAAUUAAUUGCUCAAUCAGCUUAGACUUAAGGAAACUAAGUUACAAUGCAUUGAAAUUUUUUAUACUUAAAAAAAAUCGUGUUCUCAAUUUUCUCAUGAUAUUUUACGAAUGAAUUUAAUUGACAAUAUUUGCUUCCGAUUUGACUCAACUGAGGAGAAAAUAACAGUGUUUUAUUUCUAUGCAACGGGUGGCGAUUAGUAUUGCGAAAAUGGUAGUUGAAAAAAAUGAAAAAGGCUGCUAGUUUUAAAUUUGUCCUAGCUUUCUUAUGUGUAUUAGGUGUUUCACUGUAAUAUUAAAUUUUUGUGUCCUAAUUCAAAAUUUAUAUAAAAAGUAUACCUAGCAUUAGUUGGCAUUUUAAUAUGAGAUUUUAACAAAAGAUUAACAAAAUGAAUAAAUAUGAUGGAAAAAAUGUAUAAAUAA